GAGGGAGAGAAGAAGAGUAGGUGAGAGGGAGAAGAGAAAAUAGUUGAAAGAGAGAGGGCAGAGCAGACUGCAUUUCCAGACAGAGUCUACUCAAGAGUAGAAGAGAGAAAUAUAGAAAGGAGAGAGAGAACAUGGGGAUCAUGGAGGGGUCAGCAAUGAGCCAAAAUGAUCUGAGUGGACCAGCUGGACAGCCAGUGAGCCAGAUCCAGCUGGAGGAGACUGCAACCAUUCACACAUACAUAACGAGCUGUGAUUUGGAGAUGAAUGGGAAGGCGGGAGGUAGAGGACCUGUGAGUUCACCCAACGACAUCAACUCCAACAGCUCCACCAUGGUAUCAGACCUAUCCUCCCCUGAAUCCCAGACCCAGUCCCAGCCCUUCACACCCCGGGCAUCUCGUACUCCAAGGAAAGCUGCUACAUUUGGGAAACGUUCUAACUCCAUGCGGAGGAACCCUAAAGCGGAGGUGACCAAACAGGGCUGGCUAUACAAACAGGCCAGCAGUGGAGUGAAACAGUGGAACAAGAGAUGGUUCGUCCUCACUGACCGAUGCCUCUUUUACUACAAAGACGAGAAGGAGGAAGGAGUGUUGGGAAGUCUUCCUCUGCUAAGCUUUGGGAUUGGAGGAGUGCAGACGUCGGAUAACAUCAGCCGAAAGCACGCCUUUAAGGUUUGGUACGAGGAAGAGGAGGAAGGUGAGAUUAAGGGCCACAUUGUGUUCUGUAUGCAGGCUGAACACGCAGGAACACGCACAUACUACUUCAGCGCUGAGACUGCUGAGGAACAGGAGGAGUGGGUCGACGCCAUGAACGAGGCAGUCCACAUACUCCCUUCAUGGAGGACCACCAACUCAGAGGCCACCACACCCACAGCGGAACUCCAUGGUAACACCUUGGUAACCAAAGGACCUGAACCACACACCCAGACACACACAUACAUCGAGGACAACAGCCAGACGACGGACUUCCAAGACCCAGAGCCCGGACCACGAAAACCCGCCCAUCACAAGGUCAACGGGGUCGAUGCCAUGGAAACGCCCCUUCCCUCCACCAGCAACUCAGAGCAGGAGGGGAGGAUGGAGGGAGAGAGGACAGGAGGGCCUGGACCUGGGGGUGCACACCAUCCUCAUCACCAACCCAAUGGGUUUGGCCCCUACGGUCCCCCAAACGGACCCCCCCAGGGUAACGGGCGGCCGCUCCAGGGACCUCCAGAGGGAGGGAUGAUAGAGGGGAGGGAGGUGAGGGAGCAGCCUGAGAAUGUGGUGCUGAGACGGGGCUUUGUGCCACGGACGAACCCUGAGAGACAGGCCCAGAGGAAGAGCUCCAUGACCCAGCUACAGCAGUGGGUCAACCAGCGCAGAGUCAUGGCUGUACAGGAGGACAUGAACAGUAGCUCCCGUUACUACACAGUGAACCGGGGUGUUCCAGCUGACUACUACAGCGUCUACGGUAGCGUGGUGGGUGGUCCGGGCUACGUGGAGCAGUACCCCCUCUACCCCUUGGGCGUACGCCCUGACAGCAUCUGCUCUGUGUCAGCCGUGGGCUACGACCGCCUGGGCCCCCCUCGCUGGACCAACGAGGACAAGAGAUGCUCACUACGGGACGGACCCCCGCCCCCUCGAGACCCAUACGGUCCCCCACCCGGCCCUGCCUAUUACAACCAGAUGGAUGUAGCCCAGACCUCCAUGAGGCGUCUCUCCAUUCAGCCCAGGUCUAGGUCUGUCCCCAGGUCCCCCUCCCCAUCCUCGGGUGGUCCCUGCUCACCCGGCCCUCAUAGCUUUGCCUCGCCCAUCCGCUCACCCUCGGCCCGGUUUGACAGAGGACCAAGCAGGCUACAGGAGGAUGUGAUCUACGCUGACCCCUCUGUGUACGGACUGAGGAGAUCACUGAGCUCACCCAAGUAUGAUUACCCUGGAGACAGGAGGUCGCUAAGCCAAGGAAUGUACCACUACAACUACCCUGCCUCCCCCUCUCUCCAAAGCAAAAUGGUGCCUCCAUUCCAUGACCCCUACAGGGAGCUGCACCCUACACUGAAACUCAACGAGAUGGAGACCAGCAAACUUCUGGGUCGUCUGUGUGAACAGAACAGGAUUCUAAAGGACCAGGAAGCAGUGGUCCACAGGCUGAGGAUGGACAAGGACAGCCUAGAGUGUGCGCUGGUGGCCACACACCAGGAGAUGGAGCUGUACCGGGGUCAGCUGAUGGCUGCAGACAAAUUACAGCUGAAGAAGGAGACACUGCAGAACCAGCUCAUCAACAUCAGAGGAGAACUCUCCCAGGCAUCCAGCGUUCUGACCACCAGUCGGAUGGAGUUUGAAGCUUUGGAGGACGAGGUCAAUGCUAUCCAUGGAGACCUGUGGGAACAGCUCAACACAGGCGGGCAGAGUGAGAUGAUCCACAGACACAUUCAGAAGGAGUUCUGGAGGGUUCAAGAUGUGUUGGAGGGACUCCACAAGAGCAACCUUUCCAGAGGCACAGACACAGCCAAACACCGGGUGGCCAGUGGAGCAUCAGGUUCUUUUAGCACCAAUAGUCCUGACAGUCCCAUGAGCUCAGUAAGCCUCACCAGUCCACUCAGUCCCUUCUCCCCAGUGCCCUGUUCGCAGGCCUCCCCCUCCAAACAACUGGGUCCGGAGGACAUUGGCCCGCCACGGCCACCACUUCCCAAAUCCUACUACCCCCUGGUGUCGCUCCCCUCCCUUCCCCCCUCCCUCCUCCCUCUGCCCUUCGACAGCUCCACCUGGCUACGCAGCCUGGGCCUGGAUGACGGUUACCUUGACGAUGAAGAGUCCCGCGGCAGAAAGCACAAGUACGGUUAUCGACAGGACAUGUCACCGGAAGAAUGGACUAAUAGCAACGAAGCUCAGGAGCUGGAUCAGGAUCGACAGGCCAACAUGAAUAAAGUGGGGAUCGUUCCUCCCAGGACUAAGUCUCCCCUGGAGGACCAGGGCCAAUCCUACGACCAUGGAAUCUCCCAACGCAACUGCAAGGUGCCUAAUGGAAUCUCCAGGGAGCGUCCGAAGAGUGCGGUGUUCCCGGCGGAGGUGAAGUCCAAGAUGAGCGUUGAGGAGCAAAACAAGCGUAUCCGUAGGAACCAGAGCAGCUCCGUCAGGGACAAGAGACGCAGCCUGAACCUGGGUAGCCAGGCUGGUACCAAUUACAGAGUGGUGAGGCGGAGGCUGACAACCCAUGAGGUGGACAUCAAGGACCUGGAGGCUGCAGUACGGGGCGAGGGGGUACAAGAGUCACCCCGGGAGGAGAUUGCUCGCCUCAGACGGAUACAGAUGGAACCUGACCAGUACAACCUGGACAUCAGCAAAGAGCUGUGUACUCCAGACAAGGUUCUGAUUCUGGAGCGUUACCUGGACAUGGACACUCCUCUCAGCCCAGAGGAGCAAAAGGAGAAACAGAAGAAAGUAGAGAGGAUCAAGACGCUCAUUGCCAAAUCAAAUCUCCAGAACGUGGUUCCCCUAUUGGACGGUCCUACUGAGGGGGUUGGUUCCCACCACCAGGGUAACCCAGAGCAGCAGCUCCAGGACCAGGAGAAGAGGAUUGAGAUCUCCUGUGCCCUGGCCACCGAGGCCUCGCGACGAUCCCGUCUGCUCUCCGCCCAGUGCGCCCCCAGCCCCCUCACCUCCCCGACCAGCCUGGCCCCUCCCCCUCCUCCACUGGUUUCUCUGACUCUGCCCACAUCAUGAAGGUGUGAGUCUGUGAAGCUCAAGCUCUGGCUGCCGUUAGGUUUGAUGGAGCAUCCUUCUGAGGAUCCACUGGAAUAUAAAGAAUAAGCCCAAAGAAACUGGUUUUGUUUAGUCUCUGACCGCACGCCCGCCAGUGUAUAAACCCAACGACUUCCACAACAACACAACAGGAAAAAGGAAGCUGUCACAGGAAGUCUGGAAAGUUGGCCACCUGAGGACGUCUUCAAGUCAAACAGACUAAUGAUGGAGAAACUUAAACUUAAUGUGCACACCUCCCACCCACCCCAGGGGCUGCUAUAAGAGCAAGCCCCACUCUCCCUCUUUCAAUUACCAUACUUACACUCUUCCUCUCAGCCUAGGCCUGGUAGAAAAGAGCUUCUCUAUGAAGGCAGGAAAAGCAAACAAAACACAAUGUUGUAAUUUUCACAAUUUUCGGUGUACACAAUUUUUUGAAGCUACUAAACUAGCCAUAGAGCAUGGGGUGUAUAGAGUACAUUACUCUAACAUGGUCUCCGCCAUGCUAAACAGACAGUGAGACAGUGUUCAUGAGGGCACUUGUUGUAUGUGAUGCACAGAUCUCAGUUAAGAUGAUUAGGGAAGAGGACUGGCUGAGCUGGACUUUGGGAAGAAUGGAGGAAUGUUUUUAUUGGUGCAGAGAGUAGUAGAACAAAUCAGAGACUGAUGUGUUUAGUGUAACAGAAAAAGGUCACAGAGGAGAAGGAGGUGAACGGAGGGUGGUUCAAGAACCAUAAAGAGAUAAAAGUAGUAACA